AUGGAAACAGUUGCGUUACAAGCUCUUUUCGAACUCGGAUCAGUAGCAACGCAUCUGUGGUGUAGUAUAAUCAAGCGUUGUGUGAUUUGUUUCAGUGCGUUUUUAUUUUAUUUCACAUUUUCAGUUGCUGCUUCGCCUUCGAUAGGGAUGAUAAGCAAUCCAGCCGUAUCGGAAGUAACGACUUCACGAGCUGAAUGUCCGGAGAUUAAACGAAAGGGAAGGGCAUUGCUCCUCUACGAUUUGAAACAUCCCAAACUCGUUCCCAUUAAAUUUCUAACCUUUAUCAUUUUAUCGGGUAUAGGAGUAUUAUUUCCCUUCGUUACGAUCCACAUGAAAUCAUUGGGCAUGACAGUCGAAGAGACAGGCGCCAUCUUUGGGGUUUCUUCGGUUGCAGCGAUUUUAACACCUUUCCUUGUCGGUUUGCUUGCUGACAGAAUAGGAAACUUCAAAAUAUUGAUGAGUGCUCUGUAUGCAUCUACUGUUCUCGUUUCGCUUUCUUUCUUGUUAGUCCCUAUUGGGAGGAUUUCAAAACAAUUUCCCAUGAACAUGACCUUGGCAGUAGGUUGCAAUAGCGAUCAGGUGACCUUUGGAUUGGCUGAUCUCGACGCAUAUCCUUGCCAACAUCCAUUAACAAAUGAAAGCCUAGUCAAUGUGUCAGUUGUGCUAGAGGCAUGUGGCUACGUUUGCAGUAACAAUGGGCAACGAUUUGAAGGAUAUGAACCCGACCAGCUUUCAGACUUGAUAUCUCUAGUGAAUGUUGGUGAUUCCCAACCAAUACGAGAAUUCCGGGACGCCAUUUUCCUUCAAAACGACCGGAAUUUUGAAUCUUCUUGCACGCAAAUGCCCAACGGAGAACAGUUGUGUAUUACUCAACAGGGCGAUCGGCAAGUGCUUAGUAAUGGAACUCUUGAAUUGGUUCUGUCUGCCAAUUCCACUAAUGGUACAGAUCCUUUUUCUACUAAAUGGAUUGCCAUGGAUCAUGCUGACAAUUUCCUGUGUGGAAUUUACGACAAGGAACAGAAGAUACAUGGAACAACUUACGUCAGUGACGUAGGUCAGGCAAGUAAGAAUCAAAGCCUGUAUCAUUUGUGCUAUCCCCAGUGUAUUUUUCGAGUGAAUCGAACCGAACUAUGUUCCAACAUGAGUGAGGAAGAAGCCGUAAAUCCCCUGAUGACCUUUUGGGUUUACUUGUUACUUCGGAUCAUGUUUGAAAUAUCACUAGGCGGUUUAGACCUGUUUGUGGGAGCUGCAAUGGCGGUUUGCAACGAAGUUGGUGGUGAUUACGGUUUUCAAAGAAUGUUUGGCUAUAUUGGCAUUGGUAUUUUUUCACCGAUUUCCGGAGUUCUUAUUGACACUUACAGUACAUCUAACGAUGGACAAGGCAAUGUGACGCCGGCCUUCUUCCUUUUUGCUGGUCUAUAUACCGUAACAGCGUUUGGACUGCUGCUAGUAGAUCUGAAAUUUAAACCUCCAUCGGCAAAUCCAUUCAAAGAUCUUGGAUUACUUUUAAAAAAUAUUCAAGUGGUUGCUUUGCUGGUCAUUGCACUUGUUUAUGGUACUAUAUACAGUUUUUGUGCAAACUAUUUGUUUCUGUUCCUGCAAGACAUUGGAGGCACAAGAGCCUUGAUGGGGCUGUCGAGCACAGUUCAGUCUGUGAUUAUGAUACCAUUGCUUCUCAUGUCUGACUACAUUUUCCGUAAACUGGGCCACCCAAAUGUGCAGACCCUUGGUCUUUCCAUUAAUUUCAUCCGAUUACUUGGAUAUUCGUAUUUGUAUGAUCCAAGAUUAUGCCUCCUUUUGGAAUCCUUGGACACGUUAUGCUUCUUCUUUGGUCGGACCUCGCAAAUAGCUUAUGCUAAUGAACUAGGGACGUUGACUACUGUUGCUUCCACUCAAGGAUUGUUGGGAGCAAUAACCUUUGGUCUAGGUCUGGGACUUGGCAGUGUAACUGGAAGCUUACUUAUUGGAUCCUACGGUCAACGACUAACCUUCCGGAUAAUGGCUAGCGUUUCCCUUGUCACCGGAAUUUUAUAUUUCAUUUUCAACUUGCGUUUCAAAAACAAGAAACGUGUAACAUAACCCCCUUUUUUAUGUGGAAUGCGGCUUUCACGGCACACGCGUUCUUUAUUUUGGAUAACCAAAACUGGUGAUUUCAUGGAAACAAUUUUUCUCAUUACAAAGUAACCAUGUUCUCAGCGACAAAAUUUACAAAAAAGGUAUUUGUUGAAUUUUAAA